AUGUCCAAUUUCUUUCUUUCACCGACCGAACCCGCGGAAGCUCGCAAGAUGAGUACCGACAGCAACGACGAAGCUCCCCAAAGCCAAGAGCAGGAAGUAAGGGUUCAGCCGUGGAAGGAAUGGUUUAUUCCUGAGAAAGCAGUGUCGACCGACGAUGGUAGGGAGCGGAUCAUACUCCGCUUCGGUGAUGGUCACGGAAGCCUACCUUCCCCUCCACGCAACAUUGACCUCGGGCGGUCCAAGCCAAGCAAUAAUUCCGACGAGCAGGAUAUGGUCGGUUCAAGCAGUCUUUAG